CUCACUGUGUAUUUCCCCGUCCCUCCCCUCGGCGUCUCCUCCCGUCUCCGUCCUCCCGAGUUCGCCCGCCGCCUGCGCCCGCCCAUCUCCGGCGAGCAGGGGCGCCGUCGUCCUGCUGUUCCCUCUGCGUCCUCAUCGGCAAUCAACCAUGGUUUUCCUUAAGGUGGAGAUGUCUUGGAAUGUGUUGAUCUCACCUAGCGAUCUGAGCCCCCAGGGUCUCUUGCUCCGCAAAGCUGUCAUUGUCCGUCUUCUGGAGGACAUAGCAAACAGGAAGGCCUCCAAGGAUCAUGGUUACUACAUUGCUGUCAGUGAGCUGAAGGCUAUAUCAGAAGGGAAAGUGCGUGAGCUGACCGGAGAUGUGCUUUUCCCAGUGACAUUCACCUGCAUCACACAGAAGCCUAUGAAGGGCGAGGUUUUAGUUGGCUCUGUGGAUAAGAUCCUCAAGCAUGGUGUGUUCCUCAAAUCUGGACCAAUAGAAAGCAUAUUUCUGUCAGAGAAGACGAUGAGCGACUACAAGUACAUUGGCGGGGAAAACCCGAUGUUCAUGAAUGACCACUCGAAGCUGGAGAAGGAGACUGUUGUGCGCUUCAAGGUCAUGGGGUUCCGCUGGAUGGAAGCUGAUCGCCAGUUCCAGCUCCUUGCUACCCUGGCUGGUGACUAUCUUGGGCCACUAUGAACUCCUUCCGCAGGUUUAUGGCGGCUCUGCUGCACAUUUUGCCACCCUGAUGGAUGGUUCUCAAAUGUGUUAGCCUUAACCCCACUGUCCUGUCUGUAGUUGGAUGUCGUGAUGACUGAUCAGACCUGUAUCUGUGAUGCCGGUUGUUGAUGUAAAUGAUAUUUGACCUGUAUCUUAGAUUCCUAUGGCUGAUGGAUGAAUCUGAAAUGUGCUGCUAUCUGUAGUUGGAUGCUGUGAAUUUGUGAUGACUGAUCAGACCCGUAUCCAUGGUGCUGAUUGUUGAUGCAAAUGACAUUUGGUCGGUUGGCCCUAUGCUUAGCGUUUCAGCAAUAUGCGAAUUUUCAUGGGUGAUGAUCCUAUGUUUCCUGUCUGCUCAC